GGAGUCGAUCCUCGCAUACUACAUGGUCCGAAUCUGUUGUAGCCUCAAGGCCAGCGUCUGACAGCACCUCUGCCACAUUUCUCACUCACGGCCUCAAGAAUCCCUAGUCUCAGGCCUGUCGCAAAUAACUCCUUGACAAUGCGCUUAUCACUUCCUUGCGUGACCAUUCCAUGAAGAUACUGAGCCAGACUCAGAGGAAUUCGAGGAAGGCAAAGCUGGUUUCCCUCUCUCCCCUGACAAGGUUGUUUCCAUCGCUCGCGCAAAUAGGUCCUGGCGCUCGUGCUGCAGUGAUACCUUGCUACUAUGCAGCGCGAACUACCGGCAAGCGCCGAACGCAAACGAGCCUCGACAGCCCAAGGAAGACUGCAUCAAGGGGGCCCGCAGCUCUCUCAACCCAUGAGUCUCAGUCGAAAACACCUCAAGCGCUUGAGGAGCCGCAUCAAUGCUGGGAUCUAGAUUCCGAGGUCACACUGAUAUCUGCUACCGGGACAUGGGUGAGAAGAAAAACCAUGAGGGUGGCUUGACAAUAGUCCCCUUGCCUGCAGCUUGGCUGUUGAGAGUUGCAAUGAAGGACUAAAAAACUAAACUACUUAAAUUGUUGAUUG